AUGCAGGAGGCGGAUAACGUGCGCGCGGUGGUGAUGCGCAUCGCUUCGUUCAGGCCGCGCCCUCACGUGGUGCUGCUCGAGGGCUCCCUCACCCACGCCUGCGUCCACAAGCUCCAGGCUAGCGGGCUGACGGUGGUGCUCUGCGUCAAGCGCCGCCUGCUGGAGGCCGUCGCGCGCGCCACGCAGGCCGAGAUCAUCACAGACCUCACCACCUGCAACCAGGGGCAGGUACUGGGGUUGUGUCACAAGUUCGACUGCCGCACGUACGACGUCACCUCCUCCUCCAAAACAGACCUGCAAUAUUUCCGCGAGAGCAAGAAGGGCGGCUCCAGGAGCAGCUUUCUUAGUCACGAGAACAAAGAGAACUUAGACUUGAGUUCACCAGCGUCACCAGGCGACGGCCCUCUGGUGGACAAAGCUGCGACGACCGUCAAGAAACAUCUGAUGUUCUUCACAGGCUGUCCCGCCCACCUCGGCUGCACGGUUCUGCUCAGGGGCGGCACGAUGGCCGAGCUCAGGCGCGUCAAGAAGGUCGUGCAGUUCAUGGUGUUCGUCCUGUACAACUGGAAGCUCGAGAGGUCCUAUCUCCUGCAGGAACGAGCCUUGGUGUCCUCGCAGUGCUUCAGUGGCUUCGGUAAUAUGGAUUCUACUGAAGACUUUGAUAUUGUUCAUCUGGAUAAUGGCGAGGGGAAUGAGGCUGACCGAGAAGGAAACAAGGGAACUCCGUCCGCCAUUUACGCUGGAAUACCGAAGAGCAAUGAAGCUGACGCAGGGAGGGAAGAUCAUGAUGAGGCUCUCCCGACCAUCAAGCCGGAGAAAAUUGAGACACCCGCCGAAGUGGCGCCAGACAACAAAGACAUGAAGUCCUGCAGCCAUGUCGGAGGACGAAGCUCCGUGCCGCAGUCGCCGAGUCCCUUGGCAGAAGUGAUCCACGACUGCAGCGACCCUCUGCGCAGUGAAGUAGUGCCUCGCUCGAGGACCCUGAGUGUCGUGGUCGUCGACGAAGUGUCAUUUGAUGACGUGCUGAAGAACGCCUUCAAGAAAGCGCUCAACGAGAUGGUCAUUUGCACGUCGCCCUACAUCAGGAAGCCCGUGCCCUUCUGGGAGACGGAGGCUGGUCAAGCGAGCCCCCUCAGGAAGUUUUUCCCGAAGACCUUGUACUAUUCGAUCCAUUUGAACAGCACGCAGGGGAAGAGGAGAACUGGCCUCAAUAUUCCGGCGUCUAAUGCGUGCAACAUUUCUGAGCAAAAGCCUACAGGCGAUCAGCUGGAGACGACGCGCAGGAUCGUGGUCAGAGAGCAGCACCCGUUCGUGACGUCCUCCAUGUGGGGGGACAGCUUCAUCAGGGGCGUGGCUUACGCAGAUUACCGGGCGUGUGGCGGGCAGUUGCGCGUUGCGCCUGCACACCAAAACGUCCUCAACAAACUAGGCUCGAGCGCUGAUGAGAGAGCUGCGUACGGCAACGCGACAGAGUCCGCGUACCUUGGCGGCCACAUUGUGGAUGCCGACGAGCCUGACGAGGAGCUGGUGUUCGUGCUGGACGAGGAUCUUUACAGGGACGAGGAUGACGUGGCCCUCAAGCCUUGGAAGUGGGAGGCUCUGGGGGGCAGACGUCGUCCCAGUGGACACCCAGCGCCCUCACCGCGCGAGCAAGGUGAGGGUGCAGCAUCGGGCCCCGCGGUGCGCCUGUCUUCCGUCACCUGGUCCUUCUCGCUGGCCAAGUACCUCGAAGUGUGGUUCUAUGGCGGUGGGGUGGCCACGGCCGCCCCUCACAACUACCACGAGCAACGAUACAGUGACAAGCCCCACCCCAACACCAACACCACCGAGCCAAGCGCCAACCUCCCCCCGGGGGAUAGUCUCAUCCCCUCCUCCGUGUCUUGCAACCCCGGGGCUGAGAAUAUGGGGGGCGCCAACGCCGGGCGUCAUGCAGCCCCGAGCGCUGGACAUGGUGGGGAGCGUAGCCCUUGCAAGGGGGACCAGAACCCCUGCUUUGGGAGCAGUGAGGGCAAGGGCAUGGGGGGCAGUGGGCUCUUCAGCAGCGAUUGCCCCCAUCCGCUGCACCGCCCCCACCACCGCCAGUUCUUCUACAACAACCAACGCCUCGUUAAAGUAUC